CACCAUUUCCCACGCGGAGCUGCUGGAGAAAGCCCUGGAGCUGCUGCAGGACCGGAUUCGGAACGGCGACCAGCUGGCCCGCUUCCUAAGGGGGCAGCUCUACUUUGAAGAGGGUUGGUACGAAGAAGCCCUGGAGCAGUUUGAAGAAAUCAAGGAGAAGGACCAUCAAGCCAUCUACCAGCUGGGCGUCAUGUAUUACGAUGGCCUGGGAACACAGCCAGACACCAAGAAAGGGGUGGAGUACAUGAAGCAGAUCGUGACCUCCCCCUGCCCCAGAGCCGGGCACCGCUUCGCCGCUGCCUACAACCUGGGCCGCGCGCACUACGAAGGCCAGGGCGCGGUGCGCCUCGGACACCCGAGGCGGAGAGGUGAGGCUCUGGCUUUUGCCGCCGACAACGGGAACCCGAAAGCCAGCGUGAAGGCCCAGAGCAUCCUAGGGGUUUACUAUUCCACCAAGGAGCCGAAGGAGCUGGGAAAGGCCUUUUUCUGGCACUCGGAAGCCUGCGGCAACGGCAGCCUGGAGUCCCAGGGGGCACUGGGGGUCAUGUACCUCUAUGGCCAGGCCGUGGCCCAGGACGCCGAGGCCGCCCUGGAAUGUUUGCACGAAGCGGCUGAAAGGGGAAACGUCUACGCCCAAGCCCACCUGGUGGAGUACUACUACCGGAACAAGCUCUACACCAAAGCGGCCUCGUUUUCCAAAAGGGUGGCGGACUACGGCAACAUCCCCCGGAUCGCGGCGCUCACCGACUGCCUCCCUGCCUACAUCACCAAGGGCAUGGCCAUCGCCGCCUUCUACCACGCCCGCUGCCUGCACCUCGGCCUGGGGCUCGACAAGGACGAGAUCGCCGCUCGACGCUACUACUCCAGGGCCUGCGAGCUGGAUCCUGCCAUGGCCGCCGAGCUUCACAUGGAGGUCAUCGAGCAGAGAAUUUAGAGUGAAAUAAAGGGCCACUCGAGCAGAGAAUUUAGAGUGAAACAAAGA